AUGAAUCGUUUAAAUUCAUCUAUGAAAUAUAUACGCGUAAAUUUUGAAAAUUUAUCAUUGAAAUCAACUGAAAGUGCUUACAUUAAAUGUGAUCAAAUGAUUUCUUAUAAUAAUAAUAACAUUGAAAAGGUUGAAAUUAUGAAAAUUUUAAAAAACCCUUUAACACAUAAUAUUACUGAUUAUUAUAUAGAAGCAACUAAAAAGAAGCAUUAUCUAUUAUUAAAUAAAACUAUACAAAUUCUAAUUAUAAUAAUCUUAUUUAAUUAUUCAAUAGUUUACGUGAAUAAUAAUCUUUGCAUAGAUGCUAUGCAUUUACAUAAUACUAUUUUAUCACCAUUAACGGAAACGUCAACAGAUUCAGAGACAAUAUUAGAAUCAGAUUCAUCUACAUUACCUACAUAUUUAAUUGAUUCACCUGUAGUCAAAUUAAUUAAAACUCCAAAAACUACACAACAAUCUUAUUUAGAUAAUGGAUUACAAUUAGAAAAUAAAGUAAUGCAAAGAAUAUCAUCAAUAUUUCAAGAUAAAAAGGCUAUACAAGAUUUGUUGACAGAAAUGAAUGCAUAUUAUUUAACUUAUGGGAGACCAAGAUACGGAUAA